AAAAGGUACGCAGGCAAAAGUUAGGAGCACCUCGCAUCCACCAUCGUCACAAUGUCAGCGAUAAACACAGGCCUGCAAACCGCCCAGUAUUUCACAGUUGGAGCGAUGGCAGUAGCGAUUUUCGACUACUGCUUGACGAUUACACAGGAGGUCCAGUUGAUCUGGGGAAGGAAGUGGAACGUCAUGAGAGUUACUUUUACCCUCGCUCGUUAUGUCACCUUUAUCGGUGCUGCCAUGACUACUUUCGCUGCGGUGGCUGACCGGUCUAAGUAUACAAGUUGCAGUACUUUCAACAGUGUCUCGAGCGCUUCGCAUAUGAUAAGUAUCAUCGCUGCAGAAGGUCUUCUUAUUUUUCGCACGUUUGCCUUUUGGCAGCAGAGUAAGAAAGUCCUCGUAUGGCUUCUCCUUCUUGCCGCGAUUUGCAUUGCAGGGUCGGUCGGGGUUACAAAAGCUGUGAACAGCCUCAAUCAUCCUGCCCCUGGAGCGAACACGACGGGCUGCGUGUUUGAAAGCGGAAACACCAGUGCGAUACAAUACGGGUUUUUAAUUCUUUUUGAGCUGGUGCUCAUAAUACUUAACGUAUACAAGAGAUUCCACUUCUACCAGGAUUCACGCAGCCGCCUCGUUGCGAUCCUGUACCGCGAUGGGUUGGUAUACAUGACUUGUAUCAUAAUUGCGUCUGUUGCAAACAUUUUUAUCGAUGUUUUCGCUCCUGCGGCUUACACGAACAUUAUGGACGGACCACAACUCGUUAUACACGGUGUGUUGGCCUCCCGUAUCCUAUUCAAUCUGCGUGAAAGCCGCGAAUCUGAGUCCGCCAUAAUCGGACGAAUUAUUCCUCUCGCGCACAUUCAUCACACGCCUAGUCCGAGUACAACAAGUGGCGAAUCCACUCUCAUCAAUAUUCAGCACAACGAUCACAGGGCCAAAGAUCCAUGCUAGUAUAGUGUUACAUACUCCGACUAAAGCUACAACAAGCAAUCGAAUACAUGCGAAUCACCAAGUUUCAAGUGUCCUUCGAGCACAUUC